GAAGGGCAUCGGAGAUGCAGCAGGGCGACGGCACGGAGGCGCAGGUGACAUGGGAGGACCAGCAGAACAUCAACCGGUUCGGCCGUCUCAACAACCGCCUCCACGAGCUCGCUGACGAGAUCAGGCUUGCCAAGGAAGCAAAUGAAAACCUUGAGGAUGCUGGGAAUGAACUUAUCUUGUGUGAUGAAGAUGUGGUGCGCUUCCAAAUUGGAGAGGUGUUCGCGCACAUGCCGAUGGAUGAUGUGGAAACCAGGCUGGAGCAGAUGAAAGAGGACGCGGCUAAGAAGCUGGAGAGGCUGGAGGAGGAGAAGGAAUCCAUCCUUGCCCAGAUGGCUGAACUGAAGAAGAUCCUGUAUGGGAAGUUUAAGGAUGCCAUCAAUUUGGAGGAAGAUUGAAGUUGAGUACUACUGGAGCC